ACCGUUGGGUGAAGAUGCGUGUGGAGUCGACCGUCCGUCUCGUGACCGCGCUUGUCGUCGUCGUCGCCGUGCGCCGUCCGUCGUCCGUCGACGCGGCGCCGACGUUUCGUCGUUCGACGUUCUCGAUCAGCUACUUGCUCAAUCUCGGAAAUGGUGUGCAAGAGAAGAAAACGCCCGUCGUGCAAUCGCCAGUGACCGUGCUUCCUGCAAAGUACAUCUUACCUGAUCAACUUACAGACGCCCUGAUCAUCAUCCUCGGGCACGUGCGAGAAGCCAAUGAGACGGCGAAGAGGCACGCGACCGAAGCCAUGUCGUUCAUUGGCGUGAUGAACAGUCCCAUACAGUUGGAACGGUCGGCGACGGAGCUUAUGCGAGAGCUCCGUCACGCGUGGAAGGGCCUGAGACGACAUGCGUCGGUCGAGGCGGUCCAAGCUGUAACGGACGAAUACGAGACGUGGUUCAAGCUUCUCUCACAGAUCGUUCGCAAACUCAAACGUGCCCGUCCGGCACCGGCUGCCGCCUGGCUUCGUUCCGUCCAUCUCAACUAUACGAUUCAACAGCACGCAUAUAACCAGUUGAAAUCUCAAGCGAUCAAGUUGGUGUGGAAAGCGUCAUUGAAUCGACACAACGACACCGCAUAUGUCGGCGCCGUCGCCAACGCGAUGCGUUCGCUGUCGACCGACUGUCAACGCAUAGCGCCGCAAAUCGAAGCGACGUGGUCUUCUAGCCGGAGAGCGUUAGCCGAGCUGUCGAAACCGGCGCUCAACUUGGAUAUCACGAUGAGAUCGAAUUCGGAUCGAGCCCGCGUGUUGGUCCAGCAGAUGCGUCAGACGUUGCUCAAACCGAUGGCGCGAGAUCUCCGCACUCUGGGCAACAAAGUCGAGCAGAACGGUUCGCUAUACGUCACAAUCGCAUCCAAUAUCAUCGGAGACUGGAAGACGGCCGUCAACGACUCGCACCAUCGCGGUUUCCUUCUCGAUCAGACGCCCAAGCAGCUCGGAGAGUUGAACACGCUCAUGCGAAAUCUUAAGAAGAUCGUCGUGAAUCUUGCCGGUGAUACAGUCAAGCUGAGACAAGUGGUUAUGGAUCUGCUCGGGUACAACAAGAACAAGAACUCGUCGAAAUCGCCGCCGCCGGUUCUGACGGAGAUCGACGGACUGACGUCGGCGCUGAAGUUUUUCGACUCGGCUCCGAGCAUCGCGGACGGGGAGAAGAUGGUGAGCGAUCUGCUCAAACGAUUGAGACGUCUCAUCAAGGCGAUACCGAGCUAGAAGUCGGAGAGUAAGCUAGAUACGAUUUCUCUACACGUGGCCGUCGGUCGGUCGUAUAUAAGACAUGUAUGUAUACAAGGACACGCGCAUGAUAGCUUUACAGCGUCUAUAGUUACAGCAGUGUUGCCAUUGAGUGGUGGCAGUGUGUAUGGAAUGUCAGCAGACAAACUGCUAGGCGACAUCGCGCUAUAUAAUACUGUAUACCGUACUUAUAGCUAUUAUUAUAUAUCAUGAAACUCGAUACUCA